UUCCGUUACCUGGUGCAGGUGAAAACCAACCGAGGCAAACAACAGAGCAGAGAGAAGCUGUGGGGAGGACAACAGAACAAACAUGAACAGCCUCAUGUCCAGGGAUGCCCAUGUGAAGAGCAUGGAGCAGACGGUGAAACAUGCUGAGAAGUACCUGGGUGAGAUCUGCUCCCUGUUAGCCUCUUACACCCGGAAGACUGCCAAGCUCAGAGACAAAGCAGACCUGCUGGUAGCUCAGCUCUUCGACUUCUCCCAGACAGAGGAGCCUGAGCUCCAGAUAGGCCUGAAAAACCUGGCUGAAGACCUUGCCAUGGUGCAGGACUACAGGCAAGCUCAGGUAGAGAGACUGGAGACAAGAAUUGUUGCUCCACUAAAAGCCUACGGAGACAUAGUCAAAAAUAAAAGGGCAGAUCUGAAGAAAUUCAACAGUGAUCUGAACAGAGAGCUGAAGGAGCUGCAGAAACUUGAGAAAGUCCGGCUGAGGAACCCAGCAGAUCGACAAAGUAUUUCUCAGGCAGAAGUAAAUGCUCAGAAAGCUUCCAACAAUGCCCAGCGCAGUAUCAGACAGCUAGAGGAGGCCAUCACAGACUUCCAGAGGAAGAAGCUAGAGGACAUCAAAGGGAUUUUCACAGACUUCAUCACAGUGGAGAUGCUCUUCCAUGCUAAAGCACUGGAGGUCUACACACACACAUACCACAACCUGGAAGCAAUGGACAUUCAAAAGGAUCUGGAGCUGUUCAAUGGACGAAUCAAGAUGUCCGACCCUCUGGCUGGGCGCCUAGACACCACACUGAGCAGCUACUCUUCUCCCCUCAUGAGCCGCUACCCCAGUCCACCUCUGGCUUCCCCCAAAGGCCAAAGCCUCAGGUCAACGCCGGCCUCUACGGCAGGCCAAAACCACAGACAACACAGCCAGUACCCAGACACAGCCAGGAGGUCUCGCAGCACCUUACAACGCCAGAGAGGCGUGGAGGAGGAGGAUGACCUAGAGGGGGAAGAAGAGGAUGAAGAAGAAGAGGACGAAGAGGAGGAAGAAGAGGAGAUGUAUGAAUCAGAGACAGAGGAGGGUCAGCACACCAGCAGGCAGUCUUAUGCCGCUCAAUAUGCUCAGAUUCGCAAAUGGCAAAAGUAGCAGCCUGCGUAUGGAAACACACACACACACACACACACACCUAUGUGUACACAGUGCUGUUUUUGUAUUAAUGAAAACACUGUGUUGUUUCCUCCAUACUAUAUAACAGAUAUGCUGAUGACUGUACAGCUAUCUUUCCAUCAGCACUUCUUUUAAUUUUUUGUUGUCACCAAUCUGCAUUAUCCCCAAAUUAUGUUUACAAUAUUAAAGCUUUUAAAAAAAGAUCUGGUUACUCUGGCUCCUCCUAGUGCUUCUACUGGUAUUUACAAGAAUUCACCACAGCUGAACAAAAACAACCAAUCAGAGCCGAGAAAGACAGAAAGACACUUUAGGUUGGUGGCUUAAAGAUAGUUGAUUGUUGAGUUGGUAGUUGGCUGUUUUCGUCCAGGCCUGGUAGAUUCUUGCAAAUACCAUUAGAAGCAUUAGAUUCUUCUAGUGCCAGAGGAACCUGAUUGUUUCACAGAUUAUCUGUCACAUGUACUACUGUGGGGAUAUAGGGAAAGUUUCAGCAAAAAGUUGACAGUGUGACAAAGUUAUUUUUUAUAAAAAGUUACCUACUGCAGCUUUAAAUAUGUAACACCGAAUGCACUGAAAAUUAAAUUUGCAAAUUAAAAUGCAUUUGCAGAAAUGCUUUUUCAUUUUAAGAAUGUGGCUGCAUUAUCUGACUCAUUAAUAAAAUAAGUAAUCAAUCA